AUGAGCCACCUCGGGCACGUUUCUGCUGCGCUCUUUCCGUUCCCGUGCCGGCCCAGGUCUAACACGCUUGUGGCCCAUUUAGUCAGCGAUUGCAUCUUCCUAUUCGUCUUUCCAUGCAUCACCAUCCUGUUCCGCCCUCCUCACCCCCCUCUUGCGUUCUGGCCAAUUUUUCUGGAUAUAGACGUCUUCUCCCCCUGUAAUGUUUUGUGCGCGGAGGUGUACAACUCCAAGAAGGUGUUGGAGGCUGGCCAGGAGUUCAAGUUGGUUACAGACUACAGUGUCAAGGGCGACGAGAAUCACGUCGCGAUCACCUAUAGCAGGUUGCCCAAGGACAUCAAGGUGGGCCAGCAGAUCUUGGUGCAGGACGGCACUGUCAUUCUCGACGUCACGUCGACGGGAGACGACUUCGUUAUGUGCAAGGUCAGAAACAAGUGCAAGCUCGGCGAGAAGAAAAACGUUAACGUGCCCGGCGUCAAGAUCGACCUGCCGGUCGUUGACGAGCGCGAGAUCAAGGACAUCAAGGAGUGGGCCAUCCCGUCGAAGGCCGACUACAUCGCGCUGAGCUUCGUGCAGUGCGCGCAGGACAUCCUGGAUUGCAGGAGAAGCACAGCGGCCCCGACAUCAAGAUCUGAAGGCGAAGAUCGAGAAUGUCGAGGGCAUGAAAAACUACGACGAGAUCCUGGCCGUGGCCGACGGGAUCAUGGUUGCCAGAGGAGACCAUGUGACCUGGGCAUGGAGAUCCCAAUGGAGAAGAUAUGGAUGGCGCAGAAGUGGAUGAUCAAGAAGGCGAAGGAGGCUGGCAAGAUUGUGGUCACGGCCACCGAGAUGCUCGCGUCGAUGGAGGAACGACAAGCCCUUCCCCACCAGGGCCGAGGCAUGCGAUGUCGCCAACGCAGUGUUGGACGGCACCGACAUGGUGAUGCUCAGCGGGGAGUCCGCCAACGGCGACUUCCCGGUGGAGUCGGUGACCAUGAUGAGAAGGACGAUCGUCGAGGAGGCGGAGAAGGCAAUGGCGGAGAUGUGAGCUGCCCCCGUCCCCAGUGCAGGCCAUCUUGAUGAGGCGAGGCGCACACACGUGUUUCUCUGAACUCCGCGCUGGUUUUCUCUGCUCGGCGCUGGCACCCCUUGAGGGCGCCCCCGACGCCGCCCCUGGCACCCCAGAGACAUCGGAUUUGGGAUUCUCGGGCGCCCCGACUUCCUCGGCAGGUCGACGGGGGGCGGCGGCGGCCGUCUCCGCGCUCGGGCCGGGUGCGCGGAGCACCUCGGGGUGCCCGUGGAUUUUGGCCCGCGCUGUGAGCGGCCGGCCCCUCCCACGAGGGAGGCCUAGGGCCACGCUCCAGCGGCACCGCGCCGAGGCGGUCGGGCGCGGGCGAGGCCGGCCCGUACUCGGGAAAAGGGCCUCUUCGUCGGGCGUCGUUCGCACGCUCGCCUGCUACCUUCCCGCCGCUCCUCGCCGCCGCUGCCCCCUGCUCUCGGA